GCCUGCAACACUUUUAAGACUAGCGAGGUUUUGUGGAUUACAACCUACUCCUUUUUGAUCCAUGAAAUUCUUAGCAAGAUAAAGACCUACAAAGGGAGUAAAAAUGGUUGCUGGUAAUAAAGAGGUAUCCACGGCCACGUUGACAUCCAAGGAGCAAGCUGUAGGUCUUUGUAAAGAAGGAGACCACAAAUUAGCCACCGAAGAACUGUCACAUGCCACUGCCUUCUACAUGGCCGCCUUCAGCUGCAGUGGCCCAGUGGCCAUCCAGAAGGUGGCUUCCCUGGAGGAGGAAGAUCAGGCCAAAGUGAUGAAAACCUUAGAAAGGUGGUGUCAAGGGGAGAGCCCUAUUCCUCAGCUUCAGGGCAGCAACCUGAAAAUCCCAUGGCUUGAUGUUGGCAUUGCCGCCAUUUUCCUUUCAACCCUCAGCCCCAACAAUAUGGCAGCCUCUCUCUACAAGAUGGGCGCCUUGCUCAAAGCAGGCCGCUACGAGGAGGUGGUGAGGCGGUGUAACUCCCUGCUUGAGGCCCAAGACCACAUGGAGCUGGUCCUCACUAGAGCUUUGGCCUUUUUGCUAUCCAAGAGUGACGUUCAAACCGGUGUUGAGGAUUAUCUCCAUGCUUUUGUGAAGCACCGGGACGAAACGGUGGAGUUCAUACACCGUAGUCAGAAAGAAUACCUGCACCAGAUCAUCCAGGCUUUCUUUGAUGUCCUCUCCCUUCAGGAGAACGGUGACUCCAGCGAGGGCCCAGAAAGCUGGCCAAGUGGUUGCUAUGACUUCUUGGGCGCCAUUGCACCGGAGGACCUCCAUGUUUGUCAAGCCCAGGCAGCUCAUCUUUUUGGGAAACGCAGGUACAAAGAGAGUGUGUCUGUUUAUAGCAAGGCAUUAGAGGCUCUGUCAGAGAAUGGGGCGUGUCGGGAUGACAGGACUCUCGGCCUCCUCCUGGACAGGGCGGCUGCCUACUUCUGCCUUGGAGGAAAGGUGCCGGAACUGAUUCAGGAUUUGGUGGCUGCCUUUGAGAUCAAUCCCAACUUGGCCAAGAAGCGGUUCGAAGAGCUUUUCUCCACGAGUGAUGCCGAUAGGAUCCGAAAGGACACCAGAGCUGCCCUGGACGAAAAGUUUGCAGCGUAUAGAGAAGCUGUGUGUGCCAGGCCAGAAUUUCGAAGCGAUGGCGGCAAAGAAUUACUCUCUCCAGUCAUCUCCACCCUUCACGUCCUCAUCCAGAUCUCUCCGGGGGUGAGAGAGGAGCUGAAGAUUCGACUGGCCGACUGCUUCCUUUUGCAGGGCAAUAUCCAGAGAGCCUUGGACAUUUGUCACCACCUCCUGGCGUCCAACCAAGGGACUUAUUGCAAUACGCUCCUCGCCCUGCGAGGGUUUUGUCGCCUCCAUGCCAAAAGCUAUAAACAGGCGCUUGAUGAUUUCCAAGAGGUCAUAGAACACAGCUCCCCCCACCCCAGCAGUUGUGUCAAGGCUCUCUGUGGCCGGGGCAUGAUCCGUGCUUGGGGUGGAAGUCCGUACCUUACGGCCUUGGACUACAUCACAGCUUGCAGCCUCAGAUGUGAAGAAACCCAUUUUGUGAUCAAGUCCUACAUACCCUGGAACCAGAGAGGUUUCCUUUUGGUUGUUCUCCAAGAAGAAGCCCGGAAGAUCCUUGAAAAUAAGAAGACGCCGAGGGGCAGCUCCGGUUCCCAACAGAACAAAUCAAGGAAGCUGAAUGAACUCCAGGUGGAAGAAGGGGAUGUAUCUGGGGUUCUCCAGCUGGCCUUUCUCUUGUCGGACCUGGACACUUCCAAUGAGACCUCUCGGCUCUUGUGUGCUGAUGCUUUGUACCAAAUGGGCCGAGGGGAUGAAGCUCACAAGAUGCUCCUGGUGGCCCUUUCCAAAUCCUCCCAGAGAUCUGCUAUCCUUGCUCGACUGGCUUUGCUUCAGCUGAAAAAAGGCUUUUUAUACGAUUGUAAUCAGCUGCUGAAGAAAAUUACCCAGAGCGGAGAGACCUCCUGUUUUCUGAGCCUUGUGAAGGUCCUAAAAGAUGGAGACCGAGCGUUGAUGCAAAGACACUGCCAGUCCAGAGCCAUGACGAUCUUGAAGAACAAGCAAAGAGAAGGUUACCUCAAAGAGGCCAUUCUCUACCUCUCGUUGUCUAUCACCGCCGCCGGUGGUUAUGCAGUUGAUUCCCUGCUCAUCCGGGCCCGGUGUUAUGGGCAGCUUGGUCAGAAAAAAACGGCCAUCUUUGAUUUCAACACCAUACUCAAAGACGACCCUACAAAUGUCCAGGCUCUCUGUGGGAAGGGAUUUGUUCAUCUGUCCCUGAACCAAGAAAAGGAAACAGUGCACAAUCUGACUUCAGCCCUUCGGGCCGAUACAGUCUGGACAGUUACAGAAAUCCUGUCCUUGAAAAAGGAAGCCCAGACACUUAUCCACCAGUGGCUGCUUUCUCACUGCAAGGAUGCAUUGCUGGAAUUUGAUGCUCAAAAGAAGCUUCUGGGUGGAGAGAUUUUCAAGGAGCUGUCAGUUGUUGGAGAAGCCCUGGUGAAGAUAAACAGCACAGACAUAAACAGUCACAUCAUCUAUGUAGACCUUUUGGCUGCAGAUGGAAGACACAAGGAGGCACUGACUUACCUUCAGGAAUCAUUUGGUCAGAAAACAUCCCACGAUUCCAUCAAGUCUCGAUUGGGCAUGCUUCAGGCCAAGAAGAGAAACAUAACAGUUUCAGCCCACAUUUUGGCCAGUUUAGCUGCAAAGGACUACCAAGAGUUAGGAUACGUUCUGAACUUCUUAGAUAAUAUGCAGCGGAAAAAUCUUGCUCAGGUAGCAGCCAAAGAAGGAAAUGCAUUGGUAAAAGAGCAAUGCCAUGCCAAAGCUAUGGGCUACUACUCGCUGGCUGUUUUGGCAAGCAAUGGCAACCCCCGAUGCCUUCGCCAACGUGCUGCAUGUCUAUCCCAUCUGAAGGAGUACAGGAAAGCUUUGAAGGAUAUGGACAGUGUGAUCCAAAAUCAUGGGACCAAUGGGCUGAGGACUCAAGUGGAGGACUAUUCCUUGCACAACCUGCACUUUAAUCUCCUGGACAAGGAAGACCCAGGCACCAAAACAGCUAGUUCUGGCUCCCGCAGAUAA